AUGCAAGCUUCAAUCAAGACAGCUAAGUCCGAGCAACGUCACCCAGAUCCACUCGACGACCGCAUCAAGAAACAAGGAAUCGUGCUCGAUCUCGUAGCUUCUAUCGACCCCAAACUUUGGAAAUUCAGCGGACAAUACGUGGGAGCUGCAAUUACAUUCUACGCGAUAAAGGCCAAGGUACAAGCAUGGUUCAAAGAUCGGAAAUGGUUGGAGAAAAACUGGCGGAAGGAGAAGGCUGCUCAAGCAGAGCUCCUGACGCUUGUGAGCGGCGGCACGGGGUCAAGUGUUACACCUCGCCCGAGCUUUGCGGCGCUGCAGGAGCUGUUUAAGAGCAAGAUCAAGCGAGCCAAGAAGAAACCAGCUGCGGAAGACGACGACGAAGAAGAAGAACACGAAGCCGAAGACUAUGACGAAGAUGACGACGACGAUGCCGAAGAAGAAGAGGAUGCCUGUCCGUCUGGAUGCGACUUGACUCUGUACGAGAAGGUGCUGGCCCUGCGUGAGAAGCGUGCCGAUGUAGACGACGCCAUGGGGGAGCUGAACAAGGCGAUCGAAGAGCUUCGGAAGGCCGGAGAGCGUCAGACAGCCAAGCAACGUGCGAUUGACAAGGAGCUGGCUAUGACGGAGCAGGAUACGCAGCAGUUCCAGACGUAUGAGUCGCUGCAAGCAGAGAAUAAGAAGCUGCGUCAACAGUUCCGAGACCUCCACAAGCAGCAGAACGUGCUUGCUAUGGAGAAGCGUCAGCAGCAAGAAGCCAUUGCAAGAGCUCAGGACCGCAGCGAGCAGCUCAUGCGACUGAAAUUCGGACAGCUAGUGGACCUGGAGGUGCUGGACCGCGCUUGUGACGCGUCUUCGGUGGACGAGUUGCUGACUCGCGUCAAGUUACGCGAGGUCGAAGGUGAGCGAUCUCUGCGUCAGACUCGCGUCAAGUUAUGCGAGGUCGAAGGUGAGCGAUCUCUGCGUCAGACUCGCGUCAAGUUACGCGAGGUCGAAGGUGAGCGAUCUCUGCGCCAUUGCAUACCGAAAUCCAUCUCACUGGAGAAAAAGACUCAGUAG